AUGGUUUUCGGUUUUGGUAAAGAUGAUGAUAAACAUCAUCAAAAAAGAGAUAAUGAUAAUGAUAAUAAUGAUUCUUAUGGUUCUUCACUGAAUAAAUUUGGUUCAAAUAAUGAUGAUGAUUCAUAUGGUUCUUCAAAUAGAAGAAGUGGAAAUACUUAUGGUGAUGAUAACAAUGAUAGUUCAUAUGGUAGUGGUGGUCGUACAUCAAAUUUUGGUUCAUCAACAUCAAAUGAUGAUACUUUUGGUAGCGGUAACAAUGAUGAUUCAUUUGGCUCUUCAAAUAGAAGAAGUGGAAAAGAUGAUUCUUAUGGUUCUUCCAAUAGAGGAGGAGAUGAUUCAUAUGGUUCUUCAAACAGAGGAGGAAAUGAUUCAUAUGGUUCUUCGAACAGAGGAGGAAAUGAUUCAUAUGGUUCUUCAAAUUAUGGUAAUGACGAUGAUAAUUUUGGAUCAUCAAAUAAAAAAAGUGGUGGUGUCUUUGGUGGUAAUAAUGAUGAUUCAUAUGGCUCUUCAAACAGAGGUGGAAAUGAUUCAUAUGGUUCAUCAGGUUAUGGAAAUGAUGAUGAUGACAAGUUCGGCUCUUCAACGAAAAGAGGUCAAGAUACUGGUCUUGGCGGUGAUUCAUAUGGUAAUGAUGAUUCAUCAAAUAGAAGAAAAGGAGACAACUAUGGUUCAUCUGAUUAUUAA